AUGCAGGCGCCUACCGACGUGAAGGCGUCGCCGGCGACGACGACUCCCUCACCCACUGCUCCUGCAGUCACACCCACCCACACUACGGGGCCUCGCCGACCCCCUCGAAAGAGCACACUCACGCAACAACAAAAGAACCAGAAGCGCCAAAGGGCCACUCAGGACCAAUUGGUUACUCUCGAGAUGGAAUUCAACAAGAACCCCACUCCCACGGCUGCCGUACGAGAACGGAUAGCGCUCGAAAUCAACAUGACUGAGAGAUCGGUGCAGAUUUGGUUUCAAAACAGGCGCGCAAAGAUAAAGAACAUUGCCAAGAAGAGCAUCGAGAAUGGGGACGACUGCAAUGACAUCCCAGAGUCGAUGCGCCGCUACCUUGCGCUACAGGCCAUGGAAUCUGGCAAGUCCCUGGGUGGAAGCCUCCUGGGACGCGCCGGUGGCGCCCUGGCCCCUUAUGGAAGCGGCAUGCUCCUCAACACCGAUACCAGCUCUUCCAAAGUUGUCAUUCACCAUUUUGCCUGCCGCUCGCUGAGCAUUGGCACAUGGCGACGGGUCGGUCAAAGCGCAAUGGACCUCGUCAUCUUCUACUCGCCGGAGAAAUGCUGCGUGACCUACUACAUCAACAACGAUUCGGCUGGCUAUAAGAUUGAGUAUCCUUUCUCUUACAUCAAGAACAUCUCACUGGAGAAUGGAGACAUGACUACCAACGCCGAAGGCGCCUCACAACGCCCUGGAGGGCUUAUUGUUGAGCUCACCAGACCCCCAAACUUCUUCAUGGACUCUUCCGGAUCGGGAGGAUUCUUUCAAUGUGGCGACUUUACCGAGGAGCAGCAGGCAUCGCAGGUACUGGUGCACCAUCUCGGCGGCCAUCCCAAGGUGUUGAGCGGGCAGCUUGCAAAGCUGGUCUCGCUGGAGUCAUUCCAGAACCGACACAACCUGUACGAUCCUAACGCGAUUGCCAUGUCCGCUCCCGUGUCUCCGAUCAACCAUCGCCCAGCUUCGCAGCCAAAUCACAUUGUGCACCCGCACCACCCGCCCAUGGGCAUGUUCAACGAUGCACCGUUCGGUCCUGGUGGCCUCCAGCCUCGUGGGCACAAGCGUCAGCGCAGCCGCUCCGUUCCCGUUGCGGUCGACUUCUCGAUGCUGCGGAACCCGAUGCCUCCCUUCAUGAUCCAGCCACCUGAGCCGUCACCGUACAUACCCAAUCCCGAGAUCUUCGCACCGAUUCCACAGAGCGCGCCUGGUCCUAUCAAUCCGAACCUGAGUAUCGACACCUCAGCCAGCUACGGGAUGGACUUCCGACAGUAUCCCAUGUCGGCCACGACGGCAAACUCUCCUUCGGAAUACGGCACGCCUGCGUUCUUUACGUCGGGUCCUCCUAGCGACAACGUUGCGGCGUCCAACUACGGGCCGCAGUACAGCAUAUCGCCGUAUAUCCAUACGCCCAUGGGUCCGCCUCCGCCGCUGUCGGCAGCGUCGAUGGCGGCUCCAAUGCCGCCUUUCACGGCGCGAGAUCCUGUCAUUGCCAACCAGUCUCCGCCCCUGACGUCGUUUGGCCGUGAUGGGUCGGCAGACGGAUUCCCGAUGAACCAAGAGAAUGGGGUUUCGGAGGAUGCGUUGCAGCUGACGGAUCUGUACGGAAAGCAGACGAUGAACCUGCCUUUUCGGUCGCCGUUGGACGAGAACGUUGACGACAUGAACCUACACGAGCUGGUGUCUUUCGGCACGAUGGACCCGGCGAGCAUGUCUCCGGAGAAUGCGCAGAUAUAG